AUGAUGUCUGAGACUGCAACGAACGACACCCUCUACACUGGGGCUGUUUCCUUUGAGAGGGCCGCUAAAGCAUCCCAAAAUGCCGUAUCCUACGCCCAUCAAUUCGAUUACGGUCACUACACGACGUGGUACUAUCUCGCUAUUCUGGGCGUGGGCAUAGCCGCCCACAUGUUCUGCCUUUACAGGAACCGAAAGCCUCGGAAGCCCGUCAAUCUCUUGGGUGCGACUGCUCACAAGAUUCUUGCCCUCUCACGAUCCAUCUGUUAUAGGUCUGUGGGAGGCGAGACUGCGGCAUGUUGGGGAAUUCCAAGACUUGGCAUGCUGGUAUUUGGGAUCUUCACAUGGCUGUUCUUUCUGUUCAUGACCUUCCUCGUGCAUCCUUAUUAUCGCGAGCGCCGAGGGUACGGUUCACCGCCGCUAGCAGUGCGCACAGGGUUAAUGUCAACGGCCCUGAUGCCUGUAAUUGUGGCCCUAGCGGGAAAAGUGAAUCUUGUGACAUGUCUGACUGGCAUCAAUCACGAAAAGCUCAAUAUUUUUCAUCGAUGGGCCUCUUAUCUAUGUCUUUUUCUUGCCAUUGUUCACACUGUGCCCUUCAUCGUUACUCCCCUUCAGACCUGUGGGGCAGAUGGCCUCCGGGCGCAAUUCUAUAGGCCUGGCGGUUCUGAGUAUACUGGGGUUCCUCCUCUUGGAAUGCUUGUGGGACUCGCCGUGCUAUCUGUGCCAAUCAUUCGGCAUCGCUUCUACAACCUGUUCUACCGGAUUCAUAUCCCUCUAUAUAUCGCCUUUCUUGGUCUUCUGUUUUGGCAUACCGGGAACGAGAAGGACUCUUGGGCAUAUCUUUGGGCGACGCUUGCAAUCUGGCUGUUUCAAAACUGUGCGCGUUUAUUCACCAAGUGGCAGACUUUCAAUGUGCACCGCAACUGGUUUUCGGGCUUCUCGGCCACACUCCAGAGCCUUCCAGGUGAUACCAUCUGUGUGACGCUUUUGGUUCCAACGGAUCUCAAGUGGAAGCCGGGUCAGCAUUGCUGGCUCCGAAUGCCCCACUUGUCAGCUCUUCAGAACCAUCCAUUCACAAUCGCUAAUCUUCCAAGUGGGAAGAUUACCAAAGAUGAAUCUGACAUGCAAGAGAUGGAGUUUUAUAUCCGAGCACAACGGGGUUUGACGCAGAACCUGCUGAAAUCCGUGGUCAACCACAGCGACCAGCCUGUAACCAUUCAUGUCGACGGACCAUAUGGUGGAAUUGUCGAGAAUUUGCCCUCGCUAUACGAUUCCCUUGUGUUUGUUGGUGGUGGGAGUGGUAUAUCGGCAUGCAUUCCUCAUAUUAUGCAUGCUGCAGAGGCCGUCCAGGAAGGCUCUGGUGUGGUGAAAAGCAUCCGCCUCAUCUGGAUGGUCCGACAUCUGAGCCACACACAAUGGGUCUCGAAGAAGCUAAAGCAAGUUUCUAUGAUGAUGGAGCCCGACUUUCUCCACAUUGAUUUCUAUAUCACAGGCCAAGACCGAAUUGGUGAGGAUGUUCCCGGCACAGAAUCCGUGGAGACGGUUGCUCCACAGGACAAAGAUAAUAUUCCUCAGGAGGAAGGACUCAAAUCUAGCAGCAUUCCAGAAGUGAAAACAGUGCCGGACAUUGGGAUUGUACACUACACGCGACCCUGUCUGCCUGAGCUUCUCCCUCCUCUGCUCAGCGACCGGAGAAUAUUUGUCUUUGGCUGUGGACCAGAGAGUCUCACAUUGGAUCUUGGGAAUGCAGUGGCCGACUCUCAGAGCAGAGUGCUGAGGGGCGAAGCAGAUGUUAUUACCCUUCACACCGAAGCCUUUGGAUGGUAG